AUGAAUGGCGGAAUGCUUGAGGCAAAGCUUCGCCAAGCCGACUGGUCAGAGGUUGUCGAGGAAGAUACAUUCGUCAGACUGUGUGAAUACGCCUAUCAAGGUGAUUACACGCCACCGCCUUGUGUGGAAAGAGGAGCCACCUUGAGUAUCCCAGAGGCCAACGCUGAACCGGAAGAAAAUGAUUGGGGUCAUUCGACCUCGACGACAAUGAGAAAAUUGAAAAAGGGAAACCAGUGGGGAAAGACAAACAAAAGCAACGUACGAAAUAACAUCGAGGCACCUUUGGAUCCUGAGGCAUGUCUCAUCCCAGAGCCUGCGGCAUGUCCCAGCCCAGAGCCCGUGCCUGAGGCGGAGGAGCCUUAUGAUCCUUAUGAUCCUUUUCAAGGGCGCAUUUUACCUUACAGAGAAAAGAGCAUCUGGACUCGACACCUCAAGGACAAGUUCGAAGAUCUCAAAAAGCGAUAUGCAGACUCGGUUGACAGCGCUCUACUCCUACACAAAGCCAAGUUUGCUCCCAUGGGGAAUGAUGACCAUCAGGAGGAUUUUGCACCUGUUUUUCUUGGACAUGCGAAGCUAUACAUAUUGGCUGACAGAUACAAUAUUCUCUCUCUCGCAGAUCUGGUACUGCAAAAACUGGUAGUAACGCUGGGAGAUUUCAAACUGUGUGAAGAUAACAUAAGUAAUGUGGUUGAGCUCGUUCAAUUCGUCUAUGAACACACACGCGCUGAUGAUGCUCUAAGAACGUUAGUUACAACGUACAUUGUGUCUGUGCUUGGUCAGAUAGGCGAGAGCAGCGCUUUCCGAGAGUUGCUAGUAGAUGGUGGGGAUUUUGUCCAUGAUUUCUGGCAGAGUGUUUGGAAAUGA